AUGCAUCAUGAGUCACCUCAGGCCAUGCAGCUGCUCAGUGUAUGUUACCUGCUGCACUGUCAGAAGUCUGAAGGUCAUAUCUCCCAGGAAAGGAUGCACAGCAUCAGGCACACACAGAUUCUCUCACACGCUCAGAUAUUCCCCAGGCGUCCUCUGUGGUUCAUCUUAGCAGUUCAGUGCUCAAACCGUAUUACUGGCAUCUGUUGCUUCUUCCCCAAUUUAUAUUUACUUACAUUCUUCUCUCUCUCCAAUUUGUUGUCUUCAUGGCCUUCCUUUUCACCCCGUGGUCCAUGUUUUCAGCUCUGGGGAAUUAUUAAACAAGGAUACAAGUGCAAAGAUUGUGGUGUGAACUGCCAUAAACAGUGUCGUGAGCUACUGGUUUUGGCCUGUCGACGUCUCCCUCGGUCCACAUCACUAGGCAAUGUGUCUCCUGGAGUGCUCACACACAGCUCUUUACCCAGCAGCCCCAACCUGCCCACCUGUAAAGAUGAUGAUGAUGAGGUGUUUACGUUCCAUGCUGUGUCACCAUCGUCCGGCUCUGACCUGGAGGGAAAGUCCAUCACCCUGAUGACCGGUUCAGCUCAGCGCAUCUCAGUGCGACUCCAGAGAGCCACCACCAGUCAGGCCACGCAGACAGAACCCCUGUGGUCCGAAAACGGUUGGGUGGCCGUUGCAGACAGCGGGUCACACACCUUCCCCAAGAUGAGGUACAGGCCGCACCGCAAAGUAUCCAAGAGCAAAGGCUUUGCUCGCUGGGAGAACGACACACAGAGUUCGGCAGCGACGAGGAACAGCCGGAGCUCACAUGACCACAGCGAAGACUCACGGCAGAAUGGACUUGCAGAACAGCAUAUGAACAGAACUAGGACCUCUGAGAUCAGCUGACUUGACUGCUCUGUGGGCCCAUGCAGGACACCCUGGAGCCUGUCAGGACCACGGCCCAGAGGGCUGUCCGCUCUAGGGGGCGUGCUGGGGUGUCUCAUGUCUCCAGUGGAUCAGGAAUAGAGCCACUAUUUCUACAGCCACAGUAAAAGAGGUGCGUCAGGCAACCCGCUGACUGAACUGGGGGAAGGGUUGCAUCAAAGGAAAGGUCUAAACAGACUAAGCAGAGAGUGACUGCACUGUGCUGUUCUGUAACAGACAGGUUGGAAACCUAAAAGAAUCACUGGAAGCUGAUGUGACGGAUACAUCAGCGUGAUAAUAGAUGUCUGAGCAAGAGUAUUCAAGGUUAUGCUGUUGAUGUGUUUUCGACGCACACUCUGAUUUUCUUUCUCCAAAAACACUACUCAGAAAGGACAAGCUGGAUGUGAAAGUUAUAUUCAGGCUGUCUAAAGUCGUAAGUGGAACUGGCACAUGUCACGGAGGGAAAGAUGAAGAUAAAUGCAUGUUUGACAGAACAUUAAAACACUAACUUCAUUUAUGUGUUACCCAGCAACACAUUAUUAUCUGAAGUGGAAGGUACAUCAGGUUUUAAAACCCUUACCCCAAAUAUAAUUAUAAACCCACCUUCACUCUUAAAAAAAAAAAGAUUAUUUCUCCAAUGUUUUGCAACAUAGUUGUGUCUCCUGUGCUUGAGAAAAGGCAGACAAGAGUCCAUGAAGUAACCUCUGACCUUAUGCAUCAUUACAUCAACACUGCUUAACAACAUUGUUCGCUAUAUAUAUAUAUAUGUAUAUGAAUUCAAAGUCUUCAAUUCUGCCGACACAGGUGUGUCAUCGACCAGGUGUUUAUAUGGCCUCUGUUGCUAAGCACCAGAUGCGUCCAUCGAUAGUCUGUCGCCAAGACAACACAGUGUCCUUCAACACCAUACUUUAUGUUCUGAAAUAAGUUUGACACCCAUACAUCUCAGCUCAGUUAGAGCCCGACAGGCUCAGAUGGGACAAGCCUCAUAUGAUCAUUUUUGCAAACUGUGUGUGUGUGUGUGUGUGUGUGUGUGU